AGUAAUUGUUAUCGCACGGUAAUUUAGUUUCUGUGUGGAUGAUGCACAGUGUUGAUUGUUUUGAGACUAAGACACGUCACUCGUGUUUGCGACACAAUGUCGAGUAAGCUCUCAUUAAGCCAUCAGCUGAUGCUUCACCUUUUCAGCACCGCGGACAGCUCCGUUUUGCAAAGCGAGCAGAUGGCGACGCCUAUAAAGACGCGCACGGAGCGCGUCUGCGUCGGAGCUUCACAACCACACCAGUCACAGGAUGGAUCGGAGGCUCGCCACCCCGCACAGAAGCACUUCAGACCAGUAUUCACAGCGCAAACCAAGGCGAUCUGGAUUGGAUGAGCGUGUGCUCAGUGGGACGUUCGUGAGUAUGAAUGUGACCGGCUCAUUACCCGGAAAUUGCAACGAGAAAGAAGUGAUGCACGGCCUGAACGAUCGUCUUGCAGGAUUCAUAGAGAAAGUGCAUCAGCUGGAGCACCAGAACCAGCUGCUGGAGAGGGAAAUCGAGGCGAUCAGAGGGAAAGCCAAACCCGCAUCGUGCUUUGAGGAGGAGUACAGUCCGGAGCUCCGGAACCUGAGGCAGCUGGUUCAAGACAUAACUCACCAGAAGCAUCAGAUUGAAAUCGAGCAUCAGCAUUUGGAGGACGACCUCACAAACUUGAGGAAGCGGUAUGAGCAGGAGGCUCGCAGCCGAGCAGAUGUCGACAGCGAUAUCAGGGUGUUCAAGAAGGACAUCAGUGACGCGUAUCAGGCUAAAGUGCAGCUGGAAAAGAGAGCGCAGGCUCUCGUCGAUGAGAUCCACUUCCUAAAGAGAAACCACGAAGCCGAGGUGUCAGAGAUGUUCGACCAGAUCCAGAAUGCGCAGGUGACCGUGAAGGCGCACGACUUUGGCAACCCUGGCGUCACUGCGGCACUCCGGGACAUCCGGGCGCAGCUGGAGGGUCACGCUGCCACCGACGUCACGCAGGUGGGAGAGAGCUUCCGAUCUCAGUUCGUGAAACUAACGGAGGCGGCUGAAACCAAGAGAGAGGCGCUAAAAGCGAGCCAGCGGGAGAUCCAGGAGUGCAGGAGGCGUCUGCAGGCCAGAAACACGGAACUGGACUGCGCAAAAGGCACCAGGGAAGCGCUGGAGAAACAACUUCACGACGUUGAGGAUCGCCACCAGGAGGAGGUUAUUCACUAUCAGAAUACAAUCAAAGAACUUGAAAAUGAGCUCAUCAAUUGCAAAUUCGACAUGUCUGGUUACCUACGGGAGUACCAGGACCUGCUAAAUGUCAAGAUGGCUUUGGAUGUAGAGAUAUUGUCCUACAGGAAACUCCUCUGCGGCGAGGAAGCUCGGCUUUCCUCAGUGUCUGACCCCCACAUGUCAUUGCCUUACAUCUACCACCAGUCCCCCAUUUACACCCUACCCUGCCUCACCCGCCCCGGUGGGACACCCCGACGAGUAGAACCCCACUACAAGUUCGUAGAGGAGAUCAUAACGGAGACCACCAGGGAGAUCGAGAUGUCCGAGUUUGAAGAAUCUGGAUCAGAGGACACUGAGGAAGUAAAAGGUGAGCAGGAGUGUGCCAAAAGUGACAGAGGAAGCAAUGAGGAGGAGGAGGAGGAGAAUACUAAAGACAGUGGAGAGGACGAAGGUGAGCAGAUGUGUGAUAGUCAGCAGAAUCAAGUAGACUCAGGGGAAAACGCAGUAGCAGAAGUUGCUGAGAAAGAUGAAGAUACUACUGUUGACGUGGACGAUGGUGAAGGGCAAAAAAGCCCAAAGGAGCCUGAGAAGAUUGACAUAGUUAAGAAGCCUGGAGAUAAAAAUACAGAAAAGUGUUCAGUGAGUGAGGAAGAAAAGGACCAAGAUCAAAAAUCCACUGGAAACAAAGAAGAGGAGAUAAAAGCUGCCGUGACAGAAAUAGAAGCUAAUGAAGAUCUGACUUCAACACCUCAGGAUUUAACUCCAAAAGUCCCUGUGGAAACUGAGCAUCACGAACAAAUAUCUGUGAAUGAUGUCGCUGGCGAACAUAGUGUCAUCCCUGUUCAGGCUAAGGACCCUGUUCAUGAGACACAGGAAUCAGACACAACUGCAGAGUUAAGCAAUCAUGUGCAGGUUCAAGAUAAAGUUCAUGCUUUAAAACCUGCAGAGAAACCCACAGAAGCGUCAACAAGCAAGAGUCAGCAAAAUGAACAUAGUCCAACAGAAGCAAAAGCAAUAAGUAAAUCUGAACCUGCGAAAGAUGUAGAUAAAGCAGUAGCCAUUCAAGAUAUUAGACCUGAAAGCACUAAAAGUCAGGAUAAGGAAGCAUCUCCUACAUCUAAUGGGAAAGGCUUUCCUGAGGUAAAGGAACAGCUCCCAAACACAGGGGAUAAAACUGGAACAGCCAAAUCUGUGCAAAAAGAGGAAAAUCCAAGAGACAGUACAGCAGCCAACCAGGAAACACAGGGGCCACGGCUCAGUCAGGCAGACACGACUGAGGGCUCAAAGAAAACCAACGGUCCUCAGGUCAAACCUUUGGAGGGAGAUACCAGUUCAGACAAAUAAGAGGCGGUGGUGCUGAGGAUCCAAGCAUUAGGGGCAUGACCUCCCUACAAUAAGGGCCGCACAUCUGCAGCUUCCUGAAUAGCUCGAUUGCUGCAAGUGCAAAUUCAAGGCAUAAGCUGCGCCCAGUGGAGAGCUCAAUGCUGCGGCGUCUCUUCAGCCUGAUUUAACAGGAGAGGGCAUGAUCCUUUGAUUCUCCUGUUUGCAACAGCUUUGCCGCUGAGCCUGAAUUCAAGACGUUAUUAAACUGAAAUGUAAGACGUGCUGGAACCACACAAAUUAAAUUAUGAAUGUAAAUAAUACAAGUUGAAUGUUGAACUUGUAUUUAGCUGCUUUGUUAUGUGCUGACAAAUAAAUCUAAUUAAAAAAAAACA